AUGGAUGAAACAAUCACAUUUUCUCUUGGCUGUUUUUGGUCUCCUGAUGCACAAUUUGGUUGUGUGAUGGGUGUGACUCGAACACGUGUUGGAUAUACGAGUAUCAAUAAUGAAUCAUUUUCAGCUGAUCGCAUAGAAUGUAUUCAAAUUGAUUAUAAUACAAGUGUUGUUACGUUUAAAAACCUUCUUGAUCGGUUUUGGAAAUGGCAUGAUCCAACAGUUCAACAACUCAAUCCUUCUUAUAUAUCAGCUAUUUAUUAUCAUAAUUGCAUUCAAAAUCAUGAAGCAAAAGAAUCACUGGUAGAACAACAGAAGGAAUUUUUAUUAAAACCAAUUUUAACCAAAAUUUUACCCAUAAUUAAUUUUGAUUUGGCUGAAGACUAUCAUCAAAAACACUAUUUGAAAAGACAUAUAACCUUGUUCCCUGGAAAUAUCAGUACUCAUGUAGCAACUAGAUUAAAUGGAUAUUUAGCCGGUUACGGUACUCGAGAACAAUUUGAAGAUGAAAAAGAAAGAAUGGGAUUAAAUCGAAAGCAAAUCAAUUUUAUUCGAAAACAACUUGAGAAUUGA